CCGGGGGCCUGGCACAGAACUAGACCUAAUUUCUAUCCUCUGCUCAGGCUUCUGGGUCUCUGCUCCCCUUCGAGACUUGGGGGCCUGAGGCGGGGAGGCGGCCUGAUUGUCAUGGAACUUCUCUCCUCUGUCAGCAGAGUUCCACAGUUCCAUGGGCGGCAAGCUCUCCGAGGGCGCCAUGGGGACAGGACACACUGUGGGCGGGUGGCUGGGCAGCCUCUUCUCUCAGAGUGCGUCUCAGUGAGUUCAGAGGAAGCGGGUCCUCGGGCUGUCAGUGGGGUGGGGACCCGCAGGCUCUGGAGGUAGCACGCUGUCCUACACCCGGUGGGCUGGUAGCCUGCGCACUUUCCUUAAUGCUGUGAGCUCGGAGGAGGUACUGUGUCCCCGGGCAGGCUGCAGGAGGCCAAAGUGAAGGCAGACCAGGGCGGACGUGGGUGUCCUGUGACCAUAAGAAGAGAAUAAAAUGUCACCAUCGGCGAGACGGAGAAUAAAAGUGAAGAUGACAUCAGAGACUCCAAGAAGGAAGGGGGACCAACAAUCCGGCAGGAACGCCCCGCCGGGGCACAGGCCCGGCAGUCGGAAGUGGAAGAAUACAAGUCAGACCUUCAAGAAAGAAGUGUGCCUCCAAGAUCGUCCAUGUUCCAGGUUGGGUCGCUCCCGAGAGCACGUCUGCUGUAAGUGCCGUGCCAGGUUCAGGGGCCGCCUACCUGUGCCCAGGGCUGAGGCAGCACUGCCCUACUGGGUCCCGCUGUCCUUGAGGCCGCGGAAACAGAUCCUGAAGACGGUCCAGUCUCCCGUGUCCACGCCCACCAUGGCCUGCCUCUGCCUGUGCCAUCGCUUUGGGGGCCUGCUCCCGGUGCCCAGGGAACAGGCUGUGAUGCCCUACUGGGUGCCCCGGGGCCUGCGGUCGCAGCAGCAGGACCCCCUUGGACUCUCAGUCCCGGCGCAACUGCUGGUGGAUCCACAAGGUGUACCAUCUGCUCACGAGGCAGCUGCUGGCCCUUCACCAGGACAAGCUGCGAGCCCCAGGGAGGGCAGCCUCUCCUGGCCCCCAGCCUCAGCCUUGUGACCCUCCUGCCGGCCUUCCCGGUGCCCUCGUGGUCAUUUGGUGUGCAGCAGAGCGUCAGUGAAAAUCUGAGGCGCAGAGCGGAUCCCCAGCCAGAGGCUGCGGCGGGAGGCGCCAGUGAGGUCCACUGCCCCCCUGCGGUGGACUCUCUCCUGGGGUUCGGCCUCCGCACUGCUGCCCGGCUGCACCUGUGUCGGCGUGGACAUGGGCGAGGUCUGUUGUGAGUGCGGAGAAUAAAUGUCCCCUGGGAACCGAAA